AGGCUCAGUUUUCCCAAGGUAAUACCCGAAACAAGGGUCAUGAUAUAUUCGUUUCUUAUUUAGUAGAUGAAUUUUAGUAGCCAGCAGGAGUUUAGUAAAUCUAUCAAUUUUCGGAAUCGAGCCACUUGUUGCGGUCUUUCAUCUUCAGGGGGGCCCGUUGUGGAGAAGUACAAGUGAAUAGAAGAAAAAUAGUCUUAAUUGAAAAUGAAAACUUCAGUUACCAGCAGGCGAAGGAACGGGCUUCACUUAUUAUGUGAAAGCGCUUUUGUGAUUUGUGAUAUGUCAAUUGAUCGUCUCCGUGCCGACUUACCUCGUCGGGCAGCACCAGCACUCGAUACGCAGCAGGCGGUGCGAAAAUACACCUAGACCACCAGCGCGGUCAUGUCUAUUGCAGACAUUGAAGGGUUUCUGGCCCACUGGGAGGAGAUCCGAGAAGUUCGCUGGGAACUUCCGGUCGCGGAGCGUGGGCGUUUGCUCCGGUAUUUUCCGCAUGGCUACCACGCUACGGCAGAUGACUUUCGAUCGGUCCUGAAAAAUCCAGGUGGAGCAGCCCGGUCCGCCGCAUUCCAGCGCGAGCUGAGUACCCGAAGUAGUGCAGCGGAAGAUCGAGCUCGGCAAGAACAAGAUGAAUCCUCGGGCGGCGGUGCGCGAAUAACACAUGCGGAGCUGGGAGAGGCCGAGCGACAGGAACGCAAAUUGCGGCGCGAGGCGAGGGACGCGGGUACAGAAAGGCUGGCGAGUCUGAGCAGCGAAAGAGACACGACGAGGGCGAGCGUCAACAGCAAUUUUAAGUACACCAGCAGCGAUCUGGAACUGCUUGAUGAAGAGAGGGACUCUGAAAGCGACCCUGAUUUAGAUGAAGACAGCGCAGAAGUUCUCCCGCCGCUGCCGGGCGCAAGAACGGAGGAGGCAGAUCGGCUCCGUCAGCAGCGGCACCAGCGCGCGCUGCUGGCGCGACACCAAGCCCUGCGAAAUCGGAGCGCGGCGCCGUGGAGCCCGCUCGUGGUGGCGUUUCUGGAGGACGGGGUCCAGUACCUGGAUCGGCAUGCCGAGUGGCUCCCGAAGAACGCGGACGGCGAGGCUACGGUGCGGUGGCGGACCUACCUCCACUACCAGUCGCGGGAGCGGCAGGGCUUCUUUGAGCGGCAUGAGUGGGUGGCUCACGUGAUGGUGAUCAUGCUCCUGUUCGCCCUCGCGCCGGUAGUGUUCUGCGUGGAGAGCAUUGCUGACUACGUGGGGGAGGAAAGCCUCUGCAGCAGAGAUGAGGCGAUUGCCCUCGCGGGUGGAAGCGAGAAGAUGACCCCCAUUGGAGGGGUGGCCGGGGUGAGGCGAGUCAUGUACUGGGCCUCGGUCACCUUGGCGGCGGUGGGCUUCGGAGACGUAACGCCGAAGUCCCAGUUUGGGAAGUGGUUCACGGUCUUCUUCAUCCUGAUUGGCAUCAACCUGCUCGCCAACGCCAUCCUGCGCAUGAUGGCAGACCUCCUGGAGAAGACGGCCAAGACGGACGAGGACAACCGGCGAGCGCAACGCUCGAAUCGCCAGGUCGCGGCGAAUAUGCAUUGCAAAAUAUGACUUGGUCUGCUGGAAACAUUAACAUCCCAACUUGAUGUGAUGCCGAGUCUGGAGUCGACGUCGAAAAUGUGUGUUGCUUAGUCGGCUAGCAAAAAGUGUGCGCUUCUUGUCUCCACCUGCAGACGGCAUUUUUCAUGCAGGCUGGCAUGCAGAUCGACAUCGAUAUCAUGCAGAAGCCCCUGCGGAUCUUGUCAUGCUCUGUGUGCAUUUCGAUUUCGGACGACCUUUUUUUGUUUGUCCACACAUCAAUGUAAAUUCUGCAUUCUUCCAGACCUAGACAUAUUUGCAGUUGAUAGCAAAGCGGAUCCAGGAGGCUCUGCAGGGGGGGCGGAGCACCGCGGUGGCCGGUGUUUGGCUCGAGCACACGGGUUCCCCCAGGGACAUUUUGGAGCAGCGCGAUUUGCUCGGUAUUCCGGGCGCGGAAGUCUUUGUGGACGCCGACGACGGAUCAGGAUCUUCAUCCGCGAACGAUAAUAUCCUCGCCACCAGUGCGGGGGAACAACAACAAGGGGGGCCAAGGGAGACCCCAAUCAAUAUAAACGGUUCAUCUCCACCUUCUCCACCCACCUCGCUGCAGUCGUUUGAUCAGCAGCACGCGACGUCGGAGCCACAUAGUACGCAGCACUCACACGACGAUCAUCAACCGCACAGCAAGAUGAACUCUGCCUCCACCAGUGCUGGAACAAGGAGCAUGAUCUUCAGCACGAUUCAUGAUCGCGUGGAUCGUGCACAACAGCACAUACUGCACGUGCAGCACGAACAUUUGCAACAGCAUCAUCAAAGUGGUGCCCAUAAUUCAACAUCUGCCUCGACGUCGCCCUCGCCGGGUACCAGUGCGCACGAAAGCGAUCUUAUCGCAAGAAAAAAGCGUUACAGUUACACAUUGUGUUGCACGCCAAGCAAGACAGACCAGCUCUGUUAUGCCGGAUACGCAUAGAAGCCUCGUUUCAUAGGUGUUUUCCCGUAGGAUUUCUGCAUUACAAGUUUUCUCUCUCAUGCAGAGAAAUUUGUGUUGCUGAAUUGGCUACAAAUGUGUAACUGUAACACUUUUUUCCUUGGAUAGAUCUCGAUGCGUGGUUUCAUCAUAGGAGUCACACAAGGAGCGACUCCGCGUCCGCCCGGUUCACCAACCCGACCGCGCGGUCUGGAUUUAUUUUCGGGGGAACGUCGCGCUUUCUCGCGGGAGAGCGAGACGAGACUACUUCUGCUGCCGCUCCGACCCCUCCGGCGGGGAACAGCGGACUAGUGUCCCUUCUCAAAACUGAGACGGAUAAUUCUUCCGAAGCGAAGUCGGUGAAUUUUGCGAAGUCGGUGAAUUUUGCGGCGGCGUUGGAAGAGUCGCAAAUGAUCGAUGCAACUUCUGCAGAUUUGCUACAACCUUCGGAUCCGCAGCUGCGUCAGGACGAGCAGGACCGCGGGGAGCGAGAGCAAGGCGCAACUACAGAUGUUGACCAUUCUGUGCAAGAGGGCGGGGUUCCUCGGGUUCGGAAAAAGGGGCUGCAGGUGCGAAGAGCGCCACGGCCUCCGGUAGGCGAUCUGGUUCUGACUCGCAUCAGCCGAUUCUUGACCAGUACUGACAAAGUGCCUGCUCCCAAGUGGUUGGAUGCAUCCGAUGAUGAGGACGACGGGAUGGAAAAGCGGCACAACCACGACCCAGAGGUGCGGCAUGCUGAAGAGGAGACCCAGAUGAGAAUAUCGGCGGGGGCAUCAACUUCAACGGCAAGUGUGACGAUCAGGACCACCGUGAUGAACUUCGUUUCGAGAAGUGUGAUUCCUCUUCUUGGAAGAUUUUCCUCGAACAGGACGGAAGCCGAUCAACAUCCCGAAGACGAUGCGGGGGCUCCCUUCUCGUCUACUACACCGGAUGAAGAGGAGGUAGUAGGACCACGUGCAAGAACAAGACCCGAAGCUUCUGCCGUUUCCACAACAUACAGCAAUUUAGAUUUUUUGGUAGGCCGCCCCUCGGAGGGCUUGGACAGUAUGCCAGACUCCGUGUCGUCGACGCGCUCCUCUAGUGUGAGAACACGAGCCACGGCAACACGGACGACCACCCCGCACGAUCAUCUAUCGCGGGAGACCACAAAGAGGAUAACUGGCGGGUCCUCUCGCGUAGAACCGAGUAGACCACAACUUCGAACCGGAAUGUCAACCGUUCGGACGCUUCGGACCACUAACACGGUCCACCGAGCGUCAACUACAGGUGUGGAUCCCCGUGGCGAUUCAUCUUCAAUGCAGCGCCAUAGCUCGUCGGACGGUGGAGCAGCCACGGCAUCUUCUACAACCACUGGGACGUCCUAUGUAUAUCAUGAGCUGCAGGACCAGUUGGCGGGGACGUCGAUGAAAAAUGGUUCGGAUCUGGAUAAGAUAAACAUUAACAUCAUGUCCCCGCGCGGGCUCCACCUCCAAGAACGUUCGCCGGUCGAAAUGCAAUUACUGCCACCAGCAGUGCGUCUUGUGCCAGGCAGCACACGACCCGGUGCUGCAGGUGGUGCACUUGCUCUAGAAGGCACGACGACCUCCAGCGCUGGUGCCCAGUUGUACCCUCGAAGUACUGUCGAGGGCCAGUCAUCGGGACCCGGAGCAGCGGGAGCAGGAGCACCAGCAUCAUCUUCAGGAGCAGGUCAGGCGAGGAGCAAGAAGAAGAUUGUGAACAGGACCGCGCGGAAGAACGUGGCCAUACGCCGGCUGGAAUUGCUCUCAACUCGGUUGUUGCGGUUGGUUCGCAAUUUUGUGCUGGGCGACACCCCUUAUCGGCGGCGCAUGUCUUGGAUCAAGAUUACCAAGAUCUCCCAGACCGCCGUGCUUCUACUUCUGCCCAUCGUGCUGGGUGCCGUGUUGGUACACUACAUCGAAAGCUUCGACUUCACGGAUAGUGUGUAUUGGUCUGUGGUGGCGCUUUCCACCGUGGGCUACGGGGAACAGGAGCUGCGGAACGAGGGGGGCCACUGGGUGUGGAUGCUGUUCCUCCCCUUCGGCUGCCUCAUGUUUGCCUUCGGGUACACGAACCUCAUCCUGCUCCACCGGGUACUGCGGCGGGAGCAGAAGCGGCACCUGGCGCUCGGGAACGACCACAUCCGGCAGUCUGUCGCGAUGCUCGACCGCGGGUCCGGGAUCGACCUCUUCGAGUACAUGAUCGCCAGUUUGCUCGUGUCCGAGUUGGUGCACCCGUCCGACCUUUCCGACAUCAUGGACGCCUUCUCACAACUCGACGUUUAUGCAAACCAAAUCAAUAAAACACACCCACUCAAUCAAAAUCUUCAAAUAAAAAGGUUUCUACUAAGUUAUGUUGCGAUGUUGGUGGACUACAAUGAUGUGAGCAUAAGAGCAUCAACAUAUCAACAGUAGAGGCGUGAGCCGCGUGACGAUAUGGACACCCUACCUUGCUGCUUGGUGUCAAGAGGUCAAAUGUGGCGUCCGACACGCCAGCGAAAGGCCAGGCAUGCCUGGCCACCCAUUUUUAAAGGGGGAGCAUUCCCAGAUCUCAGAAUUGCGCUGAUGAAGAUGAUGAUAAUGAAGAUGAUCAUGAUACUAGGCAUCUUCACUGAGAAGAAAAGACACUUAAUUUAUUUUCGGGCUGCUACCGGAAAAGCAAAAGGUUGCGGCGCCCUUAAGGUGGCGUGUAGAACGAACUCGUUGUUGGCAUGACAAACCGAAACCUUGGAUUUUGUUUUUCCUUGAAUAAAGAGUUUGGGUUUUUCUUUGUGAUACGUGUGACGGUACGGGGCUGGUCACCCGGGAAGACGUCGAUGCGAUGCACCACCGCGACGACCCGCAUCUCAGUCUACCCCGCAAGGGCGCUCCGAGCCUCCCCGCACUAUCUUCACAGCCGCGCGCCAUCGUGUCAUCUUCCCCUGUGAUAACAUCAACGACUAGUCAAGGCGCAGGGUCGGAUCCAUUGUUCUCGAGCGUGCAAGCUGAUCAUGCAACAACACGAACGCAGCCUGGCGCAGGCCAGGUGCCGGUCGGCGGGGAGGUGGAGCAUCAAGCACUUGGUACUAGUAGCAACUACAGCACUGAACAAGGAGCGGGCACUGCGCUCCGUGAUGAAGUCCGAGAUCCUCCCCCGCCCCUGCACGAGCAUUCAACUAGUACCACGUCAUUCUCCUUUCCCGCCUCCGUUAGUGGACCAAAACCGGUCGUUAUCCAAGAAAAAAACGCUGUUAGUGUAAAUUUGUGAUGCGGAACAUGCAAGAUGAUUGCGUCUGUCAUGCUUGGCAUGCAUUGUAGGGUCCACUAGCGGGCGUUUUCACUUAGUAUCUGCGCAUGACAGGUUUUUGCUGUCAUGCCAGACAGAUUUGUAAUGCUGGUCCUCCAAAAAAGUUACAUCUACAUUGUUUUUUUCGUGGAUAGUCGUGCCGUCGACAAGAAGCCGGGCGCAAAACUUUCGCAAAGCGCCAUCGCUGACCGUGGAGGACAUCGAAGCUCGUCGCAGGGAGGCGCGGAGCGCAGCUGCGGAAAGGCGCGCACUGGAGCUGCAAUUGCAUCAGAACAAGAGCCACGUAAAUGUGUUCAAGAACGUGGUCGUGAACACGACCCAUAGCAAUGCCACCGGGGGCGAUCUACUUCUCAGGGGGCCUCCGUCCGUAGGUAGCAACGCGACGACAGGUGGAGGACAAGCAGUGCAUGGUGGAGGUGCUCAAACAAGCAUGCAGCAGCAACUUCUACAUCUAGCACCUCCUUCGGGACCGAGCGUUACCAAGUACCCCGCAUCAUCGCUUGCUAGGAUAUUCUUCAAGCCCGCCGACUCCAAAUGAAAAGGCAAGAUGUACUUACUAUCAAGAACUACACCGGUCUUGUUUUCGCAUGGGGCGCUCACACCCGGUGUGUGUGUAUGCUGGAGAAGCAGGGCAAGAAUUCAUUACAACCAGAGAACAGAUGAGAACUCGACUUCUAUCCUUAAUCGAUUUUUCUGGAACCUAGAUCCCAUUUCAAAUUUAUUUUGUAAUCGGCGCAAGUUUAAGUUGUGCACGUCCACGUUGCUGACGGUCGCCGGUACGAUAGAUGUUGAUUUGCGUGGGGUGGCAAAGGGUAUUGAGUUUAGAUCUAUUUCUCUGUCUUAGUCUUUCGAUUUGUACAAGCGCAUACAAGGGCAUUGGUGUAUCUAGACAGUAACAGAAUUUCAUCAGCAUGCAUUGAUUUGUUCUUCAUUCGACACCAUGAUGAGCGCCAAUUUUGG